AUGAACCAGCACUUCAGCGGCAACGGUGCCAAGUGGACCCAGCAGAACAACUGCCUUGUCCAGAGUGCGAGUCUUGCCGAGUCGACGGCGUCGUUGAUGACCUAGCUAGGCCGACACAAGAGACAAGAUCACGUCGUCAAGGCACUUCCAAGGCCGGAAAUGCCGGCGAAAAUAUAUCUAAGUUGUACGCAGAAAGUAGGUUCAUGCAGUCCGGGUUCCAACCAGAGUUUCGCGCUGUCUUUCUCAGGAAACAGGAAACAAGGGGGGGGAAAGGCCUGCACUUAUGGCAUGCAUGAUGUGAAUAUACGACGCCGUCCCACACUGUAGAAGCACAACUUAGCAGCGCUUGAUGGGUCAGCCGUACAGAGUGGCGAGAGGUUUGCACAACCGAAUGGGUGGGGUGUCGGCUGGGGUAUGUACAGCAGUACUCGAUGUUUUUGUUUUGUUUUGUCCGGGUGAGAUGCGAAAGGUUAAGGUUUGUGCAAGCAAGAAGCGCGUGUAUAUCGGCGUUCGUUGGGUAGGGUGUUUGUAUUGUACAGGGGUACAACAGGACGACACGGACCGGUGAAAUAACCUCUUGAUAGAAAAUAGAAUGGCAUCAUUGCGCAAUGCCUGGGACGGUGUUGUCGAGGGGGUUGUUCGGAUGACGCUGGAAACUCGUAGGGAGUGUCUCGUGAUUGAGGAGUACUGUAAUUGAAGCCUAUGCAUUGAUUUGACAAUGAACCGGAUCGAC